GGCAGCGGUCGCGUCGUGGUCUUCAGAUACUUGGGACUCGUGAGAGAAAUGCAAAUACCAGAGAUUCAAUAUUGAACGCGAGCCGAGAGAAAAGAAAAGUGUGAGACGUGUUUGGAAAAUCGAAUCGAAUUUCGUACGGCACCGUCAACGGAAAUCGCAACAACGGUAAUUGUUGUGUGUGCUCGGUCUCUUUUAUUCCCUGUGAGUGUGCCAGUGUGAAGUUGAUUGGUUUUUCGAGCCACCAACUAAUUGUGGAAUACUUUGGGCCACCGGCAGCCAAGGAUAUCAGCCAGAUUCAGCCAGUUUGCGGCCUAGCAAAAUGGCAGGCAGUUGCAAAUUGGUGUUGCAGCUGGCACUAAUGUUGCUGCUUGGUGCAGCAGCAACAUCGAGAGGGGAGUCCACCACGGAGACACCAUCGGCCCUGUUGCCCUUAGAGGCAAGAAACGCCGAUGUUUCUGGCGAGGAGGACGUCAUCUCCACCAGCUAUGUGCUGCCCAAUCAGAUUAACGAGGGAAAACCCUACUAUGCUCGCCAGGAUCCCGUGUCGGGUCAGCGAUUUAGUGCCAAGAAACCAGCGGGAAUACAGCCGGAGGCCAAUGAGGUGGUCGAUCACGAGAAGAUUGUGCUCAGCGGUGGCAGUUCACCCAACAUACACGACUUCUUGAACCUGCCCGUGAAGUACUCCUCGUCGAAGUUUGUCUAUCCUCUGGUCUCCAGUUCGUAUGCCACUAAGUACCAGGGAAGCAACAAGAACUACAUCACCAACAAGAAACCCACAUCCGUGGUGGCUCCAGUUACUCCACCACCGCCCAACUACCACAGCUCAAACUAUUUUACGGUGCCAACUACUAAACUAACUGGUACACCCACGGCAGGAGCUUACUAUCCCAGUAGCCCCAGUACCACCACCAGUACAAGUACCUCCACGUCCACUACUACAACCACUACGACCACGACUACUCGGGGAACCAGGAGACCAGUAAGCACCACCACAACCACGGAGGCCACGAGUCCAGUGGCCAAGUAUACCACCACCUCCCGACGACCCAUUCCUCUGCAGACUGUCUCCACCACGCAGCAACCACCGAGGACUAGCACCACCCGCAAGAAGUUUGUGCCCACCAAGAAAUAUAGCCCCACUGUGCCCAGCACCAGUCAGACUCCGUUGAAGCCAUCUCCAAGACCCACUCCCAGCAGCAGCGAUGAGGCUUUGACCACCCACCAUGCCACUCCCCAGGCGGCCAUCUUCCCCACUGAGCCCUCGACAACCACGAAGAUGUACACCACCUCGAGCACAAGUCCACCUGUGGUGUUCACCGAAGGACCCACGCCACCGCCCGCCUUCAGUCCCAUUCCGGGAACUGGUAUUCCCAACCUGGAUCCAGCCGAUGUUUACCACACGCUGGGACAGAAGAACACUCAGGCCGAGGAGCAGCAGCAGCAGCAACUGGAGAAGCAGCAGCUUAUGCAGCAGCAACAGCAAAUACAGCAUCAGCAAUAUCAGGAGCAGCAGCAACAGCUAUACCAACAGCAGCAAUAUCAGCUGCAGCUGGAGAAGCAGCAACUGGAAAAGCAGAAAUAUCCAUACCAGCAGCAACUGGAAAAGCAGCAGCAGCAGCAACAGCAAAAACAACAGCAACAGCAACAACAACAGCAGCAGUAUCAGCAGGAGCAACAUCAGCAGAUACAGCAACAUCAACUACAGCAACAGCAACAGCAACAUCAACAACAGCAGCAACAUCAGCCUCAACCGCCAACUCAGCAACAGCAUCCAACUCCUCCCAAAUCCCCCAUGACCCUCAGCGAUAUAUUCAACAGUCUGGCAGAGGAAGAAUCCAAUGUGGCCCAAAACUACCAGCAAAAUCAGGGAUUCGAUGCCCAGGGUAAUCUCAUCCAGCUCGCACCAUCCAAGCCAUCACCCUUCGCCAUGCAACAGCCGGGCUCACAACACCAGGUCCAGCAGCCAGGAUCCCAACAGCAACGACCCAAUCCCAACGAGCAGAGUAUAUCCGGCAGUCAGGAGAACUACAGCAACGAGUACGUCUCCUACCAAGUCAGCAGCAACAUGAUGCAAUAUCGACCAGUGCCUGGCCAGAUUAACAACGUGGUUAUCUCACCGGGCCAGCAAUCAGCCUCCUUUGUCCUCGGCAGUCAAGUGCAACAGGUUAGCGUGGGUCACCCAAGUAUGGAGAAGGAACCUCUCUUCGCCAAGGAACCCGGGAGUGCAAUAGGUCAGGUGAUCAACGAAGAUAUUGGCAACAUCAAGCGACCUCUUAAAGAACCAGUGCCGCAGCCUUCGAACUACCCAAUGCCCAGCAUCCAGCAGAACUCCAACUUCCAUCAGAACGGAAAUGUGGCCACAUCGGGAGGCCCUGGAACGGUUUCCUACCAAGAGCCACCACCAGAGGCACCUAGUCCCUAUCAGCAGUUGCCCCUGAUCGGUUCCAAACGACCUUCCAAGAAACCAGUGGCCAAGCCGGAGCAGCCUCCACAUCCCGCCUACCCACUACAACCACCACAAACUUCAACGCCUCCCACGCAGCCCACACCACCAGCGGUGAUGCAGGUAGAUGACACGAAGGAGUUGCGUUCUACCAACAUUCGGUUCCCUGCCCAGGGAGAAGAGUCGCUGGAACUGUCCUCCUCCGCUGUGAUGCAAGGUCCUCCGACAGGACCCCAAAUCAAUGGUCAUGCUCAUCUAAGUCUGCAGCAAAUUCAAAACUCCAAUCCUGUUGUCUUCCCCAAGGGCAAGGAUGAAGCCGCUCCAGGCAGUGGUAAUGUGCAGAUCCAGCAGCAUGAAGUGCUCAACCUGAGCCAGCAGAAACCACCAUUGAAAUUCCCUGCCCAGCAGCCAGGACAAGGCGAGCUACCUCCUGGACAUGGAACCCCACCGCGUUAUCCCACUACUUUGCCAGUGCCUCAGGCACCUCCAACUCCUGGCAAGCGACCAAUGGGACCAUCACAACAGUCCAACUUCUAUAAUGAGUUCAAUCGGAAACCCCAGAAUGGACCACGUCCCAGUAACCUGCCCAACAUUUUGCCACAGUUCCGUCCGAAUGCCAAGAUAUCCAGCGGACAUCCACCCAACUUCAAGCAGGAACUGGGCAACAUCCGUCUGCCCCAGCAAGGAGGUCCUGGUCUCAAACGUCCUUACAAUCCCUCAGUGCCUCCCCAGUUUGCCCAUCGUCGUCAGCCACUGCAUCAACAGCAACAGCAGAUGAUGCAGAAGCGUUAUCCCAUGAAUCGCAUCUCGGAGUACCGUGGUCCGAGUCCAGGAGGAGGUGAUGUCAACAGGAGGGUUUACAGACUGCCUCCAUAUGGUGGCCAGAAUGUGCCCUACCUGCCCGAUCACAUGUAUCCCCGUCGUCCCCAUGGUCCUGGUCCACUGCGAUCUGUUGAUGGCUAUCCCGCCGAGCGACAUGCUCCCUCAGCGGAACCCUACAAGACCAUUGAUGCCGAGGCAGCUGCCGACUUCGAGGAGGAGGAUCUGGUGAUUAACGAUCCGCCACAGCCAGACCCCGGCAAGGAUCGCAAGGGAGUGGAGGACACGAAACUGGAGCCAGUGGUCACCCUGCAAAUGCUGCAGUCCCAGAAGAAGGCUGUUAGCCUGCCAGGCGAUGAUACGGGUGCGGGAGAGAUCCAGGUCACAGCAGAAAAUGAUCCCCAGGCAGAGGCCUCUAAGCUCAGCCAGCAGAAGCUAGAUCCCAGCGGAAUGUAUGUGGUCUUUCCAAUGAAGAGUGCGGAAAAGGGUCAGGUGGAGGGUUCUCCCUCAGCACCGGCGGAAUAUCAGAACACUCCGUUCUCCGUGAUCCGCGAUCAGCCACAAGAACCCAUUCUAAAGAACAAGAAGCCACAGUCGCUGCAGCAGCAAAACAAAGCGCAGUCGGUGCCCAAGGAGAAGUUCCCCUAUCCCAUCGAGAAGCCAGAUCCAUCCUACUCUGAGCUCCAUCCCGAUGCCCAGGCUGCUAUUCCAGGAGUCCUUGUGGCUCCAAGAAUCAUUACCGGGGCUCUGGGCACUGGCACAGAGACCCCUAUCGCCAUCGCCUACACGCCCACUGAACCGAACCCUUUCCGUCACGAACAGGGACAGAAGUUCUCCAACAUCAACCUGGCCACGUCGGUGAUCAAUGAGAUCCGCCAGGACACCCAAACGGAGGAAGGUCUGAGCAGCGACUUUGAUCUGCGCGGUCAGAAUUUCGAGAAGGACUUCAUGGCGCCAUUCUACCCAAGUGUGAGCCUAGGUGCUGGUGCCAGUGGACCUGCAGCUGUAAAUCCCGCAGCGCCUAGUAACUGGAACAUUGUACCCUCUACGACGGAUCCGAUCUACGAGAAGAACAACAUAAACCGAGCUGAUGUGGAGACCACAGGAAAGAAAGCUGAUGAGGAGCAGCCCACAGCCAGUCCGUUGACAGCGGAGAAGCCCGAGAUGGACAGCUUCCAGCCACAGCUUCAGGGUGGCUUCAAGCUCUAUCCGCCGGGUUAACAUGUGGAGCAGGUGGAACAGGAGGAGAUCGCAGGUGAAAACGCAGCACAGGAUCAGCCAUUGCAAUGGCACUGGUGGGCACCACGCAAAGCCUUGACUGCAUCACCGCCAGUCAGUAGCAGUAGCAGUUCCACCUCAACAUCUAGCACCUCCACGACCUCAACGACUCAUCAGCCUGGAAUAACCAAGUCGGAUGCCACAUUGGCCACAACCAAGGCGCCGUUGGUCAGUGCGAAGCCCACGCAGCGCAAGAAGACCACUUUUGAGACGAGUCUAGCGGCCCUGCUGUUCGGGGACGAGGACGAGGAGGAUGGAGCACGCAAGUCCGCGGAGCUGCCAAAGGCCCAGGCUGGUCCCAGGAAUGUGCCACGCAUGGGUCCCCGGAGUCUGACGCUGAGCUAAAUGGGAAAUAGGAGCCCCCAAAACUAGUAUAGUCCAAUUUUAGUUCGUAUUAUUUAUUCAAAGUUUAUGAACACAGGGAUAAGCCCCGCUUAGAGGUAGACCAUGUGGUAAUCUAGUUCUGUUCUACAGCUUAUAGUUCGUAAGCUCACCAUCCAGAUAAAUAGACCAUCGCCUCCAACGAGCCAACCACACCCCACAAUCCCAGCGACUUUUGCGAGUCUGAUUUGAAAUGCGACUGUUGUGAACUUUCUCAUUGGACUCCCGAAUCGUCGGAAAUGAGAUAAAAGCUUUUUGUAUUCAAUUUAACACAAACCCUAAAAUAGUACUCACAAUUUACCAGAAUAUUGUACCAUAGAAAACCAUGCAAAUAAACAUAAUUUUGAUAUAAUA